AUAUUCUGAAUAAUUCCUCCUCUCUUCAUCAAAGUUCUCUUUCCAAAAAGUCGAGUUUAACCAUGAAACAAGAAAGUUUAAAGGUUCUAAAUAAUUCCUUUUACACAGAUUUGCUUCCGUAUAACAGCGAUGGGCCUAACGGCCAUAGUUCAAAUAUCACGAAAUUAUUUUUGAAACAAAUUUUUGACUUAGUCAUAAACUACAUCAAUUACGAAAAUAACAGGGAUUCUAAGGUUUUGGAUUUUACCAAACCUGAGGACUUAAUGAAAAUGAUUGAUUUUAACAUUCCAGAUGGUUCCACAAAUUACGAAGAUACUAGUAAGAAGGGCAACAAAAAUAGCAAAAGUUUGUCGGAUGUGAUAGAUCUUUGUAAUUUAGUACUUAAAUAUCAAGUUAAAACAGGGCACCCACGGUUCUACAAUCAAUUAACAAGUGGGUUAGAUAUCUUGAGUCUGGCCGGAGAGAUUUUGACUGCAGUGACUAACUCUAACAUGUUCACAUACGAGAUCUCUCCCGUGUAUAUCCUCAUGGAACAAUUUGUGAUUGAUAAAAUGUGCGAACUCAUUGGAUUUCACAAUGCCGAUGGAAUAUUUUCACCUGGUGGAACUAUCUCUAAUUUGUAUGGUGUAUUGUGCGCUAGGUACUGGUCUAACCCAACGGCUAAGCAAAAGGGAAAUAUUUCAUUGGAUAAACCUUUAAUCAUUUUCACUUCACAGCAUUGUCAUUACUCUAUCAAAUCAGCUGCAGCGGUGUCAGGAAUUGGAACAGACAAUGUAAUGCACAUUGAAUGCGAUGAAAAAGGUCACAUGUUGAUCAAGAACUUAGAACAGAAAAUAAUAGAGCAUUUGGAAAAAGGAAAUCGUCCGUUAAUGGUUAACGCUACCUCUGGAACUACUGUUUAUGGAAGUUUCGAUUUAUUAGAACCUAUCGGUGAUAUUUGUCGCAAAUACGGCUUAUGGUUUCACGUCGACGCGUCAUGGGGUGGUGGAGCUCUAUUGUCACGCAAGCAUAGAAAUUUAUUAAAAGGGAUAGAAAUGGCAGAUUCCGUUACUUGGAACCCGCAUAAAUUAAUGGGUGCUUUGUUACAAUGUUCAGCUUUUCUUACCAAGCACAAAGGUCUCUUACAAGAAUGCAAUCAAAUGGGCGCAACCUACUUAUAUCAAAAGGAUAAACCAUAUGAUAUCAAUUACGACAUCGGAGAUAAAUCGAUUCAAUGUGGUAGACACGUGGAUGUUUUAAAAUUAUGGAUUAUGUGGCAGGCAAAGGGAACGUUUGGAAUCGAAAAGCAAGUAGAUUAUCUAUGGGAUAUGAGCAAAUUUUUUGUGGAUGCAAUCAAAGACCGAGAAGGUUUCGAAUUAAUAUUAAAAGAACCUGAAUGCACAAACGUAUGUUUUUGGUAUUUGCCUCCAUCGAUCAGGGAUAUGAAAGAAAGUGAAGAAAAAUAUGCCUUGUUAGGAAAGGUUGCCCCAAUUAUUAAACGUAAGAUGAUGGAAAGUGGAACUAUGAUGAUAAGCUACCAACCUUUACUUGAUAAAGUAAAUUUUUUUCGGAUGGUAAUCACAAAUCCGGCCGUGGUAAAAGAGGAUUUGAUUUUCGUAGUUGAAGAAGUCGAAAGAUUAGGUCGAAAUAUAACUUUUUAA